AGCAUCAAGAACCAUGGGAGGCAGUUGGUUCUUGGUAAUUUCUCUAGUGGCAGUGUGGCUCAAUGAAGGGUCAUGUUUGCCAAUUGAUCCAAAACUGGAAUGGGCUGAUCAUAAGGAAGUGUUGUCAGCCAAUGACCAAUCUCUAAAACAUGGCAAUAUGUUUCUAAAGGCUUUGGAUUCAAAGUUUCGCAUACUAGCUAAAGAAGCCAAAGAAGUGGAGAUUGUGACUGCAGGCGACGAAGCCCACAACGUGACUGCAGGCGACGAAGCCCACAACGUGACUGCAGGCGACGAAGCCCACAACGUGACUGCAGGCGACGAAGCCCACAACGUGACUGCAGGCGACGAAGCCCACAACGUGACUGCAGGCGACGAAGCCCACAACGUGACUGCAGGCGACGAAGCCCACAACGUGACUGCAGGCGACGAAGCCCACAACGUGACUGCAGGCGACGAAGCCCACAACGUGACUGCAGGCGACGAAGCCCACAACGUGACUGCAGGCGACGAAGCCCACAACGUGACUGCAGGCGACGAAGCCCACAACGUGACUGCAGGCGACGAAGCCCACAACGUGACUGCAGGCGACGAAGCCCACAACGUGACUGCAGGCGACGAUCAUUGAAUAAAAUAAACACUUUGGUUUUA